AUGGAGUCAAAAGGAAAGACAAAAGAAGAAAAAGAAAGUGUUGUUGAGGAAAAGAAUAAAGACAAAGCACCAAAGGGAAGUGUUAGUGAAAAGAAAAGAAAGUCAAGAAAUGGAUUUGUAUUACAUUUUAAUGCAUUGUUAUAUCUUUUAUUAAAAAAGGGGUGGACAAUUCAAUUAACAAAAACAAAAACUGCAAAAGUAACACUUCAAAAUUAUAAGUGUAUUCAUUUAUAUAAAAAAGGGAUGAUGAUAGAAGAAUAUAUUAAUGAAGAAAAUUUAAAUGAAUUGUCUUCUUUAUUUGAGGAUAUUUUUAAAGCAAAAGAGUGUUCUGAUGACAAAAAUAUUAAACUAGAACAAGCUGACUUAAUACCUCAUGAAAAUUCUUCUGAAACUGUAAGUGAUGAUAAAACUGAAUAA